GAUGCAGAGAAGGGGGGGGGGGGGAGGCAACGAGAGAGGCGAAGUAGCAAAGGGCAGAUGAGGAGAAGAAGGGAGAGAGAAAUCUCCGAAUGUCUAUCUCCUUGUUCUCCAUUUAGUGAACUCGUCGUGUUUCACAGAUAAUGUCCGAGAAUGUCUAUUUCUGGGACUCUGAGCAACUAUUACGUGGACUCCAUCAUAAGUCAAGACAGCGGUGAACUCCCGACCCCAGCUCAUUUUCCCAGCGUCCAAUAUUCCGGCUCAAGCUCUGCUGCUGUAGCGGGGGGAAGACAGCCCGGCUCCGCAGCACCGUCGGAGCAUCCGAUCCCCGACUCGUAUCCAUCCUGCAGCUUCCAGCCAAAGCCUCCGGUCUUCUCAUCACCCUGGAGUCCCUUCAGUCCGCACCACCAUGGCGCGAGCGGUCUUCCGACGGUCUUUCACCCAUACCUACAGACGCAACACGUCCCUUCCACGGACAAUCGCUACCUCCGCACAUGGCUGGAAUCCGCACCGCGAGGCUCCGACGGCUUACCGGGCCAGCAGGGUCAGAGCGGCCAUGUCAAACUGGAGCCCCAGAUCAGCCACCUAGGCGUGGAAACCCCACCCAAAAUGCAGCUGGAGAGCACCACAUACAUCCUGGAGUCCAGAUCCACGGCACCACCGGCCGCCAUCCCCGGUGCGGGUUUCGGAGAAAACAACGACUCUUGCGAAGGGAGCGAAGACAAAGGGGGCCUAGAUCAAAACGACCCCUCCGCCAACUGGUUACACGCGCGCUCCUCCAGGAAGAAGAGGUGCCCGUAUACCAAAUAUCAGACGCUGGAGCUAGAGAAGGAAUUCCUGUUCAACAUGUACCUGACGCGCGACCGGCGUCAUGAAGUGGCCAGAGCACUUAACCUGACCGAGAGACAGGUGAAGAUCUGGUUCCAAAACAGGAGGAUGAAAAUGAAGAAACAGAGCAAGGAUCAACCCAAGGAUUAACAUAAUUUGCACAAGCGUGUGCAUGCACUUAAACUACCGUACAGACGGACUUGGUCCACGCUCACACUUAAAGAGAACGCAGAGUCAACGUUGUAUGAUUAGUACACUCUAAUAACAGUUGGGUGAAAAACAACCCAAUUUGGUUGAAUUUUAACCCAAUUACUGGGGGAAAAAGCGACCAACUACUACUUCGGUCACUUUGACCGGGGUUAUUCAUUUGGCCCAACGUCUUGGUUUAAAUGAGAAACCCAAAUUGGAUAAAUUAAAAUAACCUGACAUUGCAGUACAGACCAAAUUUUACAGGUGGUGAAAUUAUCCUUUAAUAUACUGUAUACUACCAAAAGUUUAGUUACAGUUUACUGACUACAAUGUAGGGUUACUGAAAAAAAAGAAUAUUGAACACAGAUCUGUUGAAAAGAGGUGAAAUGGUCCUUCACUGACAAUUACAGUUUUAAAGCACUUCAUCCAUUUAGACUCAACCAAUUUUAAAAAUGGCUUCCAAAUAAAUCCUAAAAUUGAAAAAUUAUUUUGUCGACUGGACUGCUGUACAACAGUAUGACAGUAUGUGCUGUGUACGUGUGUCAUGGUCGCCCACCAUACAACUUUUUCAGCGUUGCGCAUGCGUGAUAAUAUCCAAUUAGGUAACUCAAAAACUCAACAAUGGGUUAAUUCGACCUAUCAAUUUGCUGACUCUCUGAAACUUAACCCAAGCAAUAUGACCUACUCAAAAUAACCCAGGAAUUGGGUUAACAUACAGGAUUAGCCGGUAUUACCCAAUAAAUGGUUAAUUUCUCCCAACAAUUUGGUUACUCCAAGAAAAAUAACCCAAAAAUUCGACCCAACACAAACAACCCAGGAACUGGCUUAAUGAAAUAACCCAAGUGUUUUUAGAGUGUAACAUGACCCGCAACCUCAAAGGAAAUAAGAAAACAUGACUGCUGAUUCCUUUCUGUUUCAUUUCCACCAAUGAUCAUUUUUGUUAGCUAUGCCUUACAGAAUAUCAAGUCUGCAAAGCUUGUGAAAAUUUUGAAUCAUUAUCUUCUUCAAAAUUGACGGGUACAGUAUAUCCUCAUGGAAAGAGAUCUGGAUUUGGACAGAAUAUGACACGUCCAUGCACUUUUAGUAUUUACUGUCGUGUCACUCGCAUCAAGGCGCAUGAGGUGCUGAAACCAGGGUUUCACGUGGUCAUCAAUAACACACAUGCAGACUAUGACACUCACUAACGCGAGUGUUUAUCUUUUGCAUGGGCUUAUUCUUUUUCUAAUAAUUCCAUUAGAAUGGACCAGUUGGCACACGUUGAUACAUACUCUCAGUUUAGUCUUUGCAAUGAACAGAUUUUGUGUUGUAUCAUCUUACAAAUGGACAGCUAAAAAGCUGUUGCAAAUGUAAUCUUAUCGACCCGUUCUUGAGUCGCUGUGGCAGGCACUCAUUUACAUAAAUUAUAAAUUAUUGAUGUUUCAUUUGUUGGAAAAUGUAGAUUUAAAAAAAUCUCGUUGUUGUGAGCCACAGAGGUAAUGUGUCAGUCUUUGGUUUGCCCAGGCCACAUACAAGGGCUGUUAUGUUUGGGGCCUGUCUUUAAAAGGAGAUGCUGAUUUCACAUUGUAGUACAAGCGAACCACACAUUGAAAUAAAUGAAAUAAUCUUUAUUCAAUGUCACUGUUGCAUUUUAAUAAAGGCGCUCUAUUUUUAUACACUAAAUAUGUUACAUCUGCUAUGCAAGUAAUUUCAAAAUGCAACAUCAGACUGAAGAAAGGGCCAAUACUUUUAAAGUAUAUUUAUCAAUCGCCUUAUCAAUGUUAUUUUUCUGAUAAUGUCAUGUUUGGGGCUGUAUAAGUCAACAUCAUUCAACUAAAUCUACACCAGUUUUAUUGAUCUGAGAGCUGAUGAAAAAGGCCACGUUAGAAGGUCAUCUUGUUUUAUGAUAUUUGAAGUGUCAUCGUAUUUAAAUGGCAUUCGGUGGCAGUUUUACGGGCGGACCAUAAACAAGACAUUGCAGCGUUGAAGACAAGGCUCUUGUCCAUUACAAGUCUUUACAAAGACAAGCGCUCGAUACAGACACUUGAUGCACAGCGUCACAUCCUAUUUCAGGUUUAAAUGUUUAUGUUGUUUAUGCAUGCUUCAAAUCGCUCUUAUAUCUCGUCAACUCUUUGUAAGUGGCGAAAAUUCGACAGGAAAAUGCUUGCAAAAGAUUUACCAUAUUAAAACUGUUUAAGAAUGUGAUUGUUCUAAUUUAUUGUACAUAACGUGAGUAACUUCUCUUUUUGAGAAUGAGUCAAAUUGUCUAAAUUUGUCCUCUUGAGAAACCGAAUCCUAAUUUCCUCUUCAAAUUGUCAGAUUGAUUUUUUCUUUUUUCUUUUUUCUUUGUUUUUUUUUAAUCUAAACUAUCUGUUCUCUAGUCAGUCAUGCUUCUGCAUGAUGUGAUUGAAAUUUGGACACUGAGAAGACGGUUUGACUGACAUAAAACAUUUAUUUAAUAUAAAGUAUACUUUCAAUUAUUUUCUCCCCUUUAACAAUGAGUCAUAUUUAAACUGUUAUGAUUGAAGGACAACGUUUACACUUUUUGAUAAAUAUGGAUUUCGCCAUUAUAGUUUUAAAUGGGGCAAAUGUAAUCUACGGUUGACAAGUGUCCCGCUUAAUUUGGAGUUAGUUUUCAAGUCCCUUCAUGAAUGUCAUCGUCUUUCCUUUUUUCAGUGUUGUCACUUGUUUCUCUAAUGCUGAAUUUCUAUUAAAGAAGAGACUUAAUUA